CAAUUAAUGGAUUCUGACAUGGAUUAUGAAAGGCCAAACGUAGAAACCAUCAAGUGUGUUGUGGUUGGGGACAACGCAGUGGGCAAGACUCGGCUUAUUUGUGCCCGUGCAUGUAAUGCCACACUGACUCAGUAUCAGCUCCUCGCUACCCAUGUGCCCACCGUCUGGGCUAUUGAUCAGUACCGUGUUUGCCAGGAGGUACUGGAACGCUCCCGGGAUGUUGUAGAUGAUGUUAGCGUUUCCUUACGGCUUUGGGAUACCUUUGGGGACCAUCACAAAGACAGGCGUUUCGCUUAUGGAAGAUCUGAUGUCGUAGUGUUAUGUUUUUCCAUUGCUAAUCCCAACUCCCUCCACCAUGUGAAGACCAUGUGGUACCCCGAGAUUAAGCAUUUCUGUCCCAGAGCACCGGUCAUCUUGGUGGGCUGCCAGCUUGACCUUCGCUAUGCUGACCUAGAAGCAGUGAAUAGAGCCAGGCGACCUUUAGCCAGGCCAAUCAAACAAAAUGAAAUUCUGCCUCCAGAGAAAGGACGAGAGGUGGCCAAAGAGCUGGGCAUCCCUUACUACGAGACCAGUGUAGUAGCCCAAUUUGGCAUCAAGGAUGUCUUCGACAAUGCCAUCCGAGCUGCCCUCAUCUCCCGCCGGCAUCUCCAGUUCUGGAAGUCCCACCUCCGUAACGUUCAAAGACCUUUGCUGCAGGCCCCUUUUUUGCCUCCCAAGCCUCCACCCCCCAUCAUCGUUGUGCCCAACCCUCCUUCCAACAACGAAGAGCGUCCAGCCCACUUGCUGGAGGACCCUUUGUGUGCAGACGUUAUCUUGGUGCUGCAAGAGAGAAUCAAAAUCUACGCGCACAAGAUCUACCUCUCUACCGCCUCCUCUAAGUUCUACGACUUGUUCCUGAUGGAUCUGAACGAGGAGGACCAAGAGGAGAUGGCGGGAAGCAGCAUCAGGAUGGGUGCUGCGGAGCGAGCGGCUCCUCAGGAACGGCACCAUCAUGGGCGGGAAUUCCUCCUGAGGGCUGCUAGCUUUGACAUCUGUGAGAGUACAGAAGAAGCUGGUUCCGGUCAGCAAAAACCGUGCCUUAGAGCCUCCACCAGUGAUGGGAUUUUGCGGGGCAAGAACUAUGGGGAACGAGGGCUAAAGAGGGGGAGGAUCCUCUCCACUUGGAGCCGUGCCUUUGUCAGCAUCCAGGAGGAGAUGGCAGAUGACCCCAUGACCUACAAGCCCCGGCUAAUGGUGGUAGUGAAGAUGGAUCCUUCCAUCCAGCUGGGACCGUUCAGGGCCGUGCUGAAAUACCUUUACACCGGGGAGCUGGAUGAGAACGAGAGAGAUCUCAUGCAUAUUGCUCACAUUGCUGAACUGCUUGAAGUCUUCGACCUCAGGAUGAUGGUGGCUAACAUCCUCAAUAACGAGGCAUUCAUGAACCAGGAGAUCACCAAAGCCUUCCAUGUCAGGAGAACCAAUCGGGUGAAAGAAUGUCUGGCCAAGGGGACUUUCUCUGAUGUCACUUUUAUACUGGAUGACGGUGCUAUCAGUGCUCACAAACCCUUGCUGAUCUCCAGUUGCGACUGGAUGGCUGCCAUGUUUGGGGGUCCUUUCGUCGAGAGCUCAACUCAGGAGGUAGUGCUACCAUACACCAGUAAGAGUUGCAUGCGAGCAGUGCUUGAGUACCUGUAUACUGGCCAGUUUUAUUCUUCUUCAGACCUUGAUUACAUGAAACUCAUCAUCUUGGCCAACCGCUUGUGUCUGCCACACCUGGUUGCACUCACAGAACAGUUCACUGUGUCUGGUUUGAUGGAAGCAACACAGUUGUUAGUGGAUAUAGACGGUGAUGUCCUUGUGUUCCUGGAGCUGGCUCAGUUCCAUGGUGCCUACCAGCUUGCCGAUUGGUGCCUCCACCAUAUCUGCACCAACUACAACAAUAUCUGUCGCAAGUUUCCUCGGGAAAUGAAAGCAACGUCAACAGAAAAUCAGGACUACUUUGAGAAGCAUCGUUGGCCCCCCGUUUGGUACCUGAAGGAAGAGGAUCAUUUCCAGAGAGCCAGGAAAGAGCGCGAGAAGGAAGACUACCUCCAUCAGAAACGGCAGCCAAAGAGACGGUGGCUCUUCUGGAAUGCCUCUUCCCCAUCCUCAUCUGCCGCCACAGCUUCCUCUUCCUCUUCUUCCUCCUCCUCUUCCUCUGCUGUGGUUUGAAGGUUGCACUGCCUACGCUUCCGAUGGCUCUUAGAAGGAGUGAGCCUACUGGUGCCCGGCGUUCCAAAGCCGUGGUGAGAUACCACUGGCUGAGGCCCUCAGAGGAGAAAAAUCAGCAUGAAUCUCCCUGAGAGGCUGAUGAGAAAAACCUGAAGGAGAGCAGCUCGGGAGCCAGAAUACCCAACAACUCAUCCAGAGCUCCAGGUGGUCUCCAUCCCUGUCUCAGCUAGUCUAGAAGCACAGCAGACGGAGAGACCUCCACCGGUGGAACGGAAAGCAGUCCUGUUUCUUUCCAAGAGGCUCACUCAUCUAGUGGGACUGACCUUUUUUUGCAGAAAUGCUGGAGGAGGGUGUUUUUGUUUGUU